AUGAGUUUAUAAACUAGAUCUAUGGAAAGAACAUCAGCCGGAGAAAAAUAAUAAACGUGGCACUAAAAUAGAAUUUUUAUAGAAGAAAUGAAUACUUUAAUUGGUUCAGCAUUAGUUGAAGAAUUUAGGAAUGAUAAUGAAAAUGAUAUUAACCCAAAUAUUAUUAUUGGAAAUGGAGAUAAUUUGCCCAGAGGAGCAACCAAACUAAUUAAUGCAGCAGAUCCAAAAGAAUUAGGUCAAGUUGUAUUAGAUUGUGAUAUUGUAAUAUUUCAUCAGAAUUAUUGCAGAGCAGAAUAUGCAUACAAACUAUUAAAGCAUGGGUAAUACUAAUAGUCUAAGAUCUUUAUUUUAAUAAGCAAUCCUUUGACUUGGUCGACUACUCCAUUAAAAGAAAGAAAAAAUGAUGAAACUGCUAUGAGGUAAUCAAUGGGAGGAGAAACAGAAGAUUAACCAUUUUUUAAAAAGUAUGAUAAAUUCACUGAAAAUGAUCUCCCAAUAAGGAAAAUUCAUUAUUUGGAAAGAUUAAAGAAUUUAGAGCAAUAAAUCAUUGUCUGUGAUAAACCUCAAUUGCAUGCAUACAUAAUAACACCAGGGUUAAUAUAUGGAAAUGGAGAGGACAUUUUAUAUGAUUUAUUUAAAACUGCAUGGAUGACACCAGAUGCAGAAUUGCCAAUUUAUGGAGAUGGAAACAAUAUUAUACCAAUGAUUCAUGUGAAUGAUUUAGCCAAUAUAGUGAAUAAAACAGUCACAUUAACACCUAAUGAGAGGUAUAUUUUUGCAGUUGAUUAUGAAAAUAUGACUUAAAAGAAACUGGUUACUACAAUUGCUAAAUCUGUAGGAAAUGGUUUUACAAAGAAUGUUACAACACCUAUUGAAAAAAUGCUAACCAUAAAUAUUUGGCUUAGACCUACCUAAGUAUUUGAGUCUGAAGAUCAAUAUAUAGAUGCUAAGAAAAACCCUAUAAUAAUAUGGCAAUGCAAAGAAGGAUUUGCAAAAAAUAUUUUAAAAAUUAGGGAUUAAUUUAAACUCUAUAGAGGUUUAGAUACUGUUAAAUUAAUCGUGCAUGGAGGAACAGCCUCAGGAAAAUCAAAUCUUUGCAAAUAAUUGGCUAAUUUUUAUAGAAUUCCUCAUAUAUAGAUUAAACCCUUAAUUUAGGAAUUGAUUGAAUAAUAAUCUGAAUUAGGGGAAUUAGUAAGGACCACUUUAUAAUAAGUAAAAGAUUAAUUGGUUGCAGAAGCAUUAGCUAUUUUUGAAGCUGAGAAGAAAAAGAAAAAGGUUCCUAAAGGUUAACCAGAACCUGUAUUUGAUCCAAGUGGCAUAUAACCAAGACUUCCUGACUCAGUCUUGAUAUAAAUUUAUAAGUGGAGAUUGGACUAAAAUGAUGCCUAAAAUUUAGGUUAUGUUUUAGAUGGUUUUCCUAAAACAUUAGAAUAAUAUGAAAAACUAUUCAUAAAUGAGGAAGGCUAAUUAAUUGAAUCGAUUAAACCAAAAGGUGCGAUUUAUUUGGAAUACUCAGAUGAACAAUUGAAAGAAAAAGCGAAGUAACAUAAUGAUAAUCCCAGAUAUUAAGAGGAUCUGGUGGUCAAAAGAUUGGCUAAUUUUAGAAAGAAUAAUGAAUAAUUAUUGGCACAAUAUGAGUAGUUUGAUAUCAAGAGAAUUUCAGAUUAAGAAAGUGCUUUUGACUAAUCUAAAGAUUUCAUUACUAGAAAUGGACCAAUUUUGGUGUUACAAGAUGUAAAAGAUGAAGAAGUAGUAUAAGUGGAUGAAUAAUAAGAUGAUAUUUCACCCUCUCCUUAAAUUUCAUCAGUUCAACAAGAGAAGGUUGCUGCUGUGUAAUAAUCCUAAGUACAACAAUCUUAAGUAGGACCUAAAAAGAAAGGAGAUUAACUCAAUAAAUCAAUAAAUGAAAGUAGAUUAUCCAAAGAUAAUAAAAAGUUAACAGAUGAGUAAAAGUAAGACCUUAUUAGACAAUAAGAAAGAGAACUCUUAGAUUAAAGAAGCUAACCUCUAAGACAAUAUUUGGCUGAUAAUGUAGUUCCUUUCUUAACAGAAGGUUUAAUAAAUAUAUGCGAAAAGCAUCCUGAAAAUCCAUUAUAAUUUUUAGCUGAUUUUUUGGAAUAAAAAGGAAAUGAAUUAUAGGCAUUAGGGCAGUGA